UGAGGUAGAAGGGAGAUAGAGGUGACACAGAGAAGACAAAACGGUAUUCGAUGGUGUAAGCUUUCUGACGAAGGAAGUAACUCGAAGGAAGAAGGUAGCACGAUCAGUAGUAGUCUUGAAACAGUUCGCGUGAAGAGGACUACGGAUACGACAAAAAAAAAAAAAAAAAAAAAAAAAAAGGAAAAAAAAAGAAAAAAAAGAAAAUGUUCGUUAAGAAAUCAACGUUAUUGCAAUCGAUUGCAAUUAUAACGAUAUUGUCGAUAAAAAUUAUUUCGUUGGAUGGUAAAAGACCGCGUGGACCUAUCGAGGAAGCUAUACAGAAUGGUGCAGUGACCGAUUAUAUACAUGAGAAUUGCAUUUGGAGACGUGGAAACGACAGAGACUCCUGUCCGGAUCCUGAAGUUCGUGUUUAUUUAUAUACACCAGGAAAUAAUCGCAGGGAACUCGAUUCGAGGGAAUCAGAUUGGCUUAGACACGAUUAUGAUGCCACAAGGGAGAAUAUCAUUCUUAUUCAUGGCUAUGCAGGUGGCGAUAAUACAUUACCAAUUGCGGUGCUACGUGAUGCCUAUUUGACGAAUAGUAGCUACAAUGUCUUCUUGGUUGAUUGGGGCGCACUGGCUGCAGCACCUUGUUAUCCAGCAGCGGUAUCGAAUCUUCAUCCAGUUGCUCGUUGCUUAUCAAGGACUUUAACGAGUUUAAGAAAUCUCGGUUUACCCAUUCAACGUACAACCUGCGUCGGACAUUCCUUAGGAGCUCAUAUAUGUGGUAUAAUGGCAAAUUAUCUUUUAUUUCGAAUGAAUCGAAUAAUUGGUUUGGAUCCAGCCAAGCCACUUAUUCGUCCAGGUCGAGUAAAUCGAUUGGACAGUGGCGAUGCUGAUUUCGUUGAAGUGAUGCAUACAAAUGCAGGUUAUUAUGGUGAAUCCAUGCGUAUGGGUCAUGCUGAUUUUUGUGUUAACGGUGGUAAGAUUCAACCAUUUUGCGAGGGUAGAUCAAACGAUCAGCUUUGCAGUCACGUUUGGGCAGUAUGCUUUAUGGCACUUAGUCUUAACAACGAUGGUCGAAGUACAAUAGCCGAAUCAUGCUCACGUAGAUGUCCUUCUGGGCCAAAAAUCGCACAGAGAGCUGGUGUCUACGUUCCAAUGGGACAACACACCCCUAAUGAGAUUAGAGGUUCUUUCUGUUUUAAUAGUGUACUACCACCCUAUUGUCCAAAAUAUUAUAAUGGUCAUGGGGAUGAUAGGUGUUGUCUACCAGGUAAUAUGAGCUCUAAUUUAUCUUUUAAGAAGAAAAACAAUGUAUCCGUUAAGUCGCAAUAGCUUUCGUCAGCUUUACAAACGAGGAUGGUUGGUACCAUUGGAUUUAUUUGGAUUCUAAACGUUAAAUCACACUUCUAUUACGGAACAGGUAUAUACACACAUACACAUAAACAUAUAUAAAUAUAUAUAUAUAUAUAUAUACAUAAUAUAUAUUUCAUGUCAACAUAUAUAAAUUUUUUAAACGUAUCUGUUCAUCUGUAAGGGAAAAUUGUAUAUUAUGUAUAAAAUAACAUUAUGAUAUAAGGUAUAUUUGUAAUAGAUAUAAUAUACAGGGUGUUUCUUAAAUCGUUUCCUGACAAUAUUCAUUUUUGAUUAUAUUUUUUUUCCUCUCUCUUUUUUCUUCUUUUUUUUUUUUUUUGUAUUUCAACAUAUACAAUUCGAAUAUUGAUUGAACGUUGUUACAGGUAUUUGAUAGAAUCACUCUGUAUAAUGAAGAUUUAAAGGAACGAUAUAUAUAUACACACACACACACAUAUAUAUAUAUAUAUAUUAGAACUAAUUGAAUAUGCAUUGUCGUCUUGACAAUGAAUCGAUGUCAACCGGGACUCGAGAAGAAGCCGUAACGCAUACGGUACGUAGAGCGCUGAGCGUUUUGCGAUUCCGGUGUUCGAUUGAGUAUUCAGACGAUGUACUGGAAAAAUCUUAUGUUGGUAGAGUAACCACGUGUCCCAAUACCGUUAGACGUUCCACUGAACUGUUUAUAUAAAUAGGCAUAUCUGAAAUAAUUUUAUUCCAUAUUUCGAUCGAGUUAUACAUUUCUUUUCUUUUUUUUUUUUUUUC